ACUUGUCUUCGCAAGCCACCCCAGGUUCCCCUCAUUUACCACCUCCCCGCCGCGAUGAUGUCCCAGUCUCUCAGAGCGUCUCGCUCUCUCCUCGCCCGCGUCUCUCGGCAACAGGUUUCUUCGGCUUCUCGCCGCACUUUCCUGACCUCCGCUGUUCGUCAGGCCGACCCCGUUCAGGACCUCUACCUCCGUGAACUCCGUGCUUUCAAGCCCUCUCCCGUCAAGCCCGGUGACGCCGAAGCUCACGUCCAGAAGUUCAGCGUUCCCGCUGCCCCCAAGUCCCCCGAGGAGGCCAACCUCGCCAAUGAAUUGAAGUCCUACGAGACCCAGGAGGUUGAAGUUGAGGGCCAGGCCGCCGCUGGUGAGGCUGCUCCCGCUGAGGAGAGCUGGUUCGAGGAGGAUGAGGAGGAGGCUCCCGCUGCCCAUUAGGUUUAUUGUUUCUAUGACAAGGUCUGGGAAAAUCGGGGCCUAAGGGCAAUGGGAUGAGAACAGAAUAUGCUUCCUGUUGUUGAGUCCUGAAUGAA